AACCAUGGAAAUUACGGCCAAAACACACUGACGAAAUGGCUACGAAAGUUCAGUCUUCUCUGCGGCUGGCGGGACAGGGCAGCAGUGGGCCAGUGGUCCUGAGUCCAGUGGAGAGAGAGCUAGUGUGUGCGGUUCUGGACGACGCGGUGCAUCAGUUGGCAGUGCUCGGGGGAAUAAUGCCAGAUUACGCCAGUUCCGCUGCUGCCGUUGAACACGUAAUGGGAGACGAGCUACUACAAAUCUUGGAGGAGCAGAAGAGAAUGGAUAGACAGAUCCGUAAGGUCUCGUCACCAGGUGCUCUGAGGGAAACUGCCAGGGGGAUUACUACUGCAGCUGAAACGGCAAGGAGUGCCAAGAGUGUGGCAGAGAACAUGAGUAAGCUCCAGGAGGACAGAGGCCAUCUGGAGAGAGUGGAGAGAUGUCGUAAGAGGGUUAGUGAGUUGAAGAAGCAACUGGUGGAGGUAAAGAGAAGCAAAGAGAAGGAGUUGAGUGAGUUGAAUGAGACUAUAGCACAUCUGAAGGACCAACUGCAGGAGCUCAAAGCCAAGACUGGUCUGGAGGAAAAGUUCAUCAAAAAGUCCACUCAGGCAACAGUGGAGAUAGUUCAACAUCGACUGGACAACAGUGUCACUGGACUGGAGGGCAGUAACCAGGGGCUGGAACAAAAGUUGAGGAGAGAAGGAAGCUAGUCAAGCCAUUCUCGACUACCUCAACCAACACUACAAUGUGUGUGACUAUGACACUCUCUAUUAAUCUGAGGUGGGUUCUAUCUUUUCUCUGACAGGAUUUGGGAGAGAAGUUAGACCACUGGAUGGCAAAGUAUGAACAAGACACGGAGAUGAAAUCCAGAGAACUACAAGACUGAAGGCACAACAAGGCUGAGGUUCUGAGUCAACUGCAGGAGAAGACGGAGGGGUACAGGGAGUGGGAGAAGGUGGUGGUGGAGCACAUGGCAGAGAAAGAGAGAGAGAGACUGAGAGAAGAACAGGAGAUCAGAGAGAAACAAGCUGCAGUAAAGAUGCAGGCAUGGUGGAGAGGACUGAUGGUGAGAAAAAGUCUCGGACCAUUUGCCAAGAAGAAGGGAAAGGCGAAAGGAAAGGGGAAGGGAAAGAAGGGCAAGAAGAAGAAAUAAGACAUGCAGCACUAGUUAUCUGAGACUAUAAUUCCAGCUUAUAGUAACCACACCAAUGAAAAGAGAUCACUGUUUAUUAUGUCUUCAACUUUUCCUCAAGCUUCAGUUUCUUACUGUAACAAACAUAAUCUCGUGUAAAUAAACUGCCAAUCUCUUCUGUAGAGCAAUCUCUUGAACAUGUUACUGUACCUAAAUUGCAUAUUCA